UCAUAUUUCAAUAUUUAUCUUUAAAUUUUAAUUCAAACCACUAAGUAAAACUUUACUUUUUCGUUCCAAUAUCUUAGACAUACGUGUGUUAUGGUAUUAAUUUUACCGCGUAGUUCUUUCAAAAAGUUUUAGUAUUACUAUAACUUGGAACUACUUAAUUUAAGCUGUGUAAAAUUUAAAGAAUUGAAAAAAUGAACUCUGAACCCGACGAAUAUUAUGAAAUAACUUCACAAUUAGAUGCUAGAGAAAUACUGAGAUAUUUAAAUAACCUAGGUAUACGCAAUAUAAGUGGUGAAGUUUUAAAAUACUUUAUAACUGAUUUAAAAAAGUUCAUAAAAUAUGAUCUACAGCAUAGGGAUCAUAACUCAAGUCCUACAACCCAAACCUCUGAAGUUGUAGGACCAGAGAGGUUGCACAGUGCUAGCACAUUUUCUUCUAGGACUAGGUCUAAAAUACCAGAUGCCCAAACAAAAUGCACCAGGGAGUGUGAGAAAAUUAGAAAACACACUAAUGUCAGAACCAUCCAUUCUGCACCAAACCUGUUCAGCCAAAAAACAGAUGAAAAAUUAAUAAGGAGAGCUUGCUCGUGUGUUACAGUUGACAAAAAGCCAGCAUUGCAAAAGGAAACACCAAAAUCAACUAUCAGUAGUAAUUUAAUCAAAGUUCCCAAACAACCUACUAUAAAAAAAAGUGAUCCUGUAUCCCUCUACCAUUACUACACAUCACUUUGGGCUAAAUACAAGCCAAAUGUACCAGGGGAGAAUGACUGGUCUGACCUAAGGUGGAAUAUUAGACAGAAGAUGGUGGGAAAUGCAGCUGGCUCUCAAACCUCCAAUAAGGCUACAGAAAUGCAAGUAAAAAAGAAAAAAACUCCUACUACAGCCUGACAUUUAACUAUUUAUUUAUUAUAAGAAUCAAUCAAAUGUAGGCAUUAUUUACUGACAUGGGGCAUGAACUUAAAAAGGAAAUGUAGUACAAAAUAGAUAAGUUUAUCUGUCCACAGACAGAGCCGCCUUAGUAUUAUGCUCUGGUGCCUGGGAGCGGCCAAUGCCAAUUACCACACUCCAAUGAUGAACUCAGGAUCUGCUGGUAUUAUGCAAAAUUAUACUAACCACUAGUGACUACAAACUACAAGCGCUAGUGACUACAAAACAUAGUCCUAGGACCUUUCUCCAACUUUGGAUAACUUCUUGCACAGCCCUAUCAAAGGUUUUACUGAUUCCUGUCCAAAUGGUGUUUUUUAAGUAAAGGGAUCAAUAAACUAGCUAUGAGAUGGCAAAAGUACACAGAUAGCAAUGGUACUAUGAUUAAAUAAAUAUGUCUUAUUUUAUAACAAUCGCCUUUAUGUUUCUCCCUUACAGAAAACCAAUUUCAUAUGUAAGGAUCUAAUAUUACAUUAUAACUUAAGGCAGGCUAUUAAACAUUUUAUGUGAUAUUAUAAUAUUGAAUAAUAUUUUUUUACAAGGAUUCAGAUAA